UGAGCCGAAGAGUCAAGGCAAAAGCAUCAAAACGCACCAGGACUAGGAGCAGAGCUUCCCUCUGGAAAAAAAAAAAAAAACAACAACACGGGAGAAAUUCAUUAAAAUGACAGCGGAGUGAGGAUAAUGAGAGCCGUUAUCGCUUCACAGGAAGGUCAUUAACGAGAAAACAGAAGCAGUGCGCAGACUAUACGGAUAUUUGGAGUACAUGCAUACCCGACUGCAAGUGAAGACCCCGAAACAGUGAAACAUUGUCCCGGCUUUUUUAUUUCCAGCAAAGCAAGGCAUGGGGGGAUUUACGUCUCGACAAGGCAGCACGGGAUAGAAGAUCAGACGAGCGGAGAGAGGACAGUGAAUAAGGACCUCACUGCAAAGAGAGCAGGAUAACUGUGUAACUGUGACUGUUUCUCCUCGUCUGUAAGCCGACAGGCUUCAGUAUCACAGCUGAUGACUGUCCCUCAGGUGGUUGGACUGCAGGGCUGAGCAGGAAGCCUGUGUGUUUGCUGUGGGGGUGCCCCGGCUUGUAUGUUGGUCACUUGCAGUUGCACUCGCUCACAAGGACCAUGUGGUUUUAUCCAAGGAGAAGUCGUCUCCCCUCGCAGAACUGGCAUGGUGCCUACAGUUGCACCAAUUUCAGCGUGUCCUUGUGGGUAUUAAGUUUUUGUUGGUGCUUUGCGGCCGUGAGAGGUCAGAACUACCACCCUACUGUGAAUACACAGUAUGGGAAACUCCGAGGAGUGAGGGUGCCCCUGCCUAGUGAGAUUCUGGGGCCGGUGGACCAGUAUCUGGGGGUUCCGUACGCUGCCUCCCCGGUGGGAGAAAAACGCUUCAUGCCGCCGGAGCCUCCUUCGUCUUGGUCAGGGAUCAAGAAUGCCACUCACUUUGCUCCUGUCUGCCCCCAAAAUAUACACAACGCUGUGCCAGAGAUCAUGAUGCCAAUAUGGUUCACCUUCAACCUGGAUAUAGUUACUACAUACAUACAGGAUCAACAUGAGGAUUGUCUUUAUCUAAACAUCUAUGUUCCAACUGAGGAUGUGUGAUGGUCUACAUCCACGGAGGAUCCUACAUGGAGGGGACGGGCAACAUGAUCGAUGGGAGCGUCCUGGCCAGCUACGGAAAUGUCAUCGUUAUCACUCUCAACUACCGUGUCGGAGUCCUCGGCUUCCUCAGCACUGGCGACCAGGCUGCUAAAGGAAACUACGGGCUCCUAGACCAGAUCCAGGCUUUAAGGUGGAUCAGCGAGAACAUUGGCUUCUUCGGAGGAGAUUCCAACCGCAUCACUGUGUUUGGUUCUGGGAUCGGAGCUUCCUGCGUCAGCCUGCUCACCCUCUCCCACCACUCUGAAGGUCUGUUCCACAGAGCCAUAAUUCAGAGUGGGUCAGCUCUCUCCAGCUGGGCGGUAAACUACCAGCCGGUCAAGUAUACACGUCUCUUGGCGGAGAAGGUGGGUUGUAAUGUCCUAGACACCUUAGACAUGGUGGACUGUCUGAGGAAGAAGAGCUCCAGGGAGCUGGUGGAGCAGGACAUACAACCAGCGAGGUACCACGUGGCCUUUGGACCUGUAAUUGAUGGUGAUGUCAUCCCUGAUGACCCCGAGAUCCUGAUGGAGCAGGGCGAGUUCCUCAACUACGACAUCAUGCUGGGGGUUAACCAGGGCGAGGGGCUGCGGUUUGUGGAGAACGUGGUGGAUUCAGAGGACGGUGUGUCUGGAAAUGACUUUGACUUCUCCGUGUCAGACUUUGUGGAUAGUCUGUACGGGUACCCAGAGGGCAAGGACACCCUGAGGGAGACCAUUAAGUUCAUGUACACAGACUGGGCAGACAGAGACAAUCCAGAGACCAGGCGCAAGACGCUGGUGGCUCUUUUUACUGACCACCAGUGGGUGGAGCCAUCCGUGGUGACGGCUGAUCUCCAUGCUCGCUACGGCUCACCCACCUACUUCUACGCCUUCUACCACCACUGCCAGAGUCUGAUGAAGCCAGCCUGGUCAGACGCCGCCCACGGGGACGAGGUGCCCUAUGUUUUUGGAAUUCCUAUGAUUGGUCCCACUGACCUUUUCCCCUGUAACUUCUCAAAGAAUGAUGUCAUGCUCAGUGCUGUGGUCAUGACCUACUGGACCAACUUUGCCAAGACUGGCGAUCCCAACAAACCGGUUCCCCAAGACACCAAGUUCAUCCACACCAAGGCCAACCGUUUUGAAGAGGUAGCCUGGUCCAAGUACAACCCCCAGGACCAGCUCUACCUGCAUAUCGGCCUGAAGCCACGUGUGCGUGACCACUACCGCGCCACCAAAGUGGCCUUCUGGAAACACCUAGUGCCCCACCUAUACAACCUCCAUGACAUGUUCCACUACACCUCCACCACCACCAAAGUGCCCCCGCCAGAGACCACCCAGAACACCUUGUCCACCAAGAGGCCCAACGGAAAAACCUCAUGGCCAUUCAACACCAAGCGGCCUCCCAUGUCUCCGGCCUACAACAGUGAGGACAAAGACUCUUGGAACGACGACGAGGAGACGGGGCCACUGGUGGUGGAGAACCCGCGGGAUUACUCCACGGAGUUGAGUGUCACUAUUGCUGUGGGAGCCUCACUGCUGUUCCUCAAUGUGCUGGCUUUCGCAGCCCUCUACUACCGCAAGGACAAGCGGCGGCAGGACUCCGGCCAUGGGCAGCCCAGCCCGCAGCGCCAGACCACCUCCAACGACAUUGGCCACCACGCGCCGGAGGAGGAGAUCAUGUCGUUGCAGAUGAACCAGACGCACCAUGAGUGUGAGGCGGGGAACAGCAACGAGGGGGCACUGCGCUUGGCCUCGCUGCCCGACUACACGCUCACUCUGCGGCGCUCUCCGGACGACAUUCCCCUCAUGACCCCAAACACCAUUACCAUGAUUCCCAAUUCCCUGGUGGGCAUGCCCAACCUGCACCCCUACAACACUUUCACAACCGGCUUCAACUCUACCGGCCUGCCGCACUCCCACUCAACCACCCGCGUAUAGCUUUAAGGAGGCCAGGGGCAGCCAGCGCAGGCGGGGGAGGAGGCGGCGGCAGUGGUGGUGGAGGAGGAGGAGCAGGAGGAUGAACGAACGGAGGAGAGGAUUG